AUGAGGUCAGCUGUAGACACACACUUGAUGUCAGCUGUAGACAAACACAUGAUAUCAGCUGUAGACAAACACAUGAUAUCAGCUGUAGACACACAAUUGAUGUCAGCUGUAGACACACACGUGAUGUCAGCUGUAGACACACACGUGAUGUCAGCUGUAGACACACAAUUGAUGUCAUCUGUAGACACACACGUGAUGUCAGCUGUACACACUUACGUGAUGUCAGCUGUAGACACACAUUUGAAGUCAGCUGUACACACACAAUUAAUGUCAGCUAUAGACACACACGUGAUGGCUGCUGUACACACACAUGUGAUGUCAGCUGUAGACACACACUUGAUGUCAGCUGUAGAAACACACGUGAUGGCUGCUGUAGACACACACGUGAUGUCAGCUGUAGACACACAAUUGAUGUCAUCUGUAGACACACACGUGAUGGCUGCUGUAGACACACAAUUGAUGUCAGCUGUAGACACACACGUGAUGGCUGCUGUAGACACACAAUUAAUGUCAGCUGUAGACACACACGUGAUGUGA